GUAGUUGCAACGGACGGUAAUAACAAGGUCAAGGUUAGUAUCACUGAUCGACUAUUUGGAGUAAACAAUGUUAUUUCUUACAAAUUUAAACAAAAUUUAGCUUUAUUGUGGCUUUUUGAAGGUAUAAAAACCCGUGGAAACGGUGAAUUUCUAUAAUAGAUUAAAAAUAAUUAUUAAACUGUGAUCUCGACUAUGAUUGAAAUUAUCGAAGUACAAUACUAUUUCGUUGUAUUAAAUUUCAAUAGUAUUAAUGAGAAUAUUGUUUGAUAUUUUUAAUAUAUUUCAUGUUAUUUACAAAAUGUACUGUAGUUUUGCACACAAUAUAAUCAGUGCGAGCACAAUGGCUUCGUUUCAAUUUGAGCAUGUAAAAAGUGAGUAUUUUAUAGCGUUGCCUUUCACGGUAUAGUAAAUAUAUAAAACGUCUGAUAAUUGAUAAAUAAUCAGUGCGACCACAACGGCUCCGAAAUAACAGACUAUAAGGUAAAUUAAAAACAGCAAAGCUUUACCUACCUCGAUAUAUUUUUCUAAGGCGCUAAAUUACGUAAAUUUUCGGCGAACAAUCAAUAUUUUCUUUGUGUUUCCUCGACGAAAGCCGUGAACGAAAGUGUGCAUAUCAAAGUGUUCACAUCAGAUGAAAAUGCUCGUCGGAAAAACUCGGUAUUUGUCGUAUUUUACGAAUCUGUCACGUGAUUUACCACCGUCCGUACACGGUACACCGCGACACGAAAUUUAGAGCUAUAUGAAAGUUUCAUGCCCAUGUAUGGGCAUGCAACAAAAACGCAUGACUCGGAAGUAGUCUUAGGUACGUCUUGACUCUUAAGUUUGUACCAAACCAGGUACGCGGCAAAAGUUGUCGGAGUACCAGUCAGGUACGGCUAAAAAUAUUGAAUUAUCGCACCCUGUACUACAGUGAAUUAUAUAACGCGACUUAACGUGACGUUGUUAAUCUCCAAAUCUGAGAAUAAAGUAGGUCGUUUACAUUUUGCAACUUACCUCAAUCGCUUGCUGCAAAACAAAGUCUGUCGAAGUCAAGGACUAAAUACUGAAGAAUCGCGGACUUUCAAUGGACCAUUUGCAUUAUAGACUAAAUUUUGAUCUAGACAAAAAUUUCACCACAGCUUGAAAGAGCAUAACAAAAUUAGUAAUAUUCCAAAGUUUCGUUGCGAAAUGUUGUAAAAUGCGGAUAAUAUAGCCUUGCGAAGUUUGCCGUUUUUCAGUCAUUUUGUAUUACGCGGGGGAAAUUGACAGCCCAAUCGGGUGUUGGGGCUGUCAAUUUCCCGUUUGUAAUACAAAAUGGCUGAAAAUUGCAAAUUUCGCAAGGCUAUAUUAUCCACAUUUUAGAACAUUUCGCAACGAAACUUCGGAAUAUUACUAAUUUUGUGAUGCUCUUUCAAGCUGUGAUGAAAUUUUUGUCUAGAUCAAAAUUUUGUCUAUAAUGCAAAUGGUCCAUUGUUCAAAACGCAACUUUAAUGAGUUUCAACUGAACAGCUUUGUCACAUAUGAACAUGCAAAUCAAUUUCAGAAAAUAUCAAAAAACUAAAGCAACAAAAAUUUGAGGACUUUCAAGUAAUUCUUUACAAAUUCAAGGACAUUCAAGGCCUUGAAUUCAAGGACAUUUAAGGAUUUUCAAGUUUUGUAGGAACGUGAAAUUAGGUCGAGAGGACUAUGGAGAAACCCGAGCAUGUCAUUUGGUCAAUACUAGCUAUAUGGUCAUAAUUUUAGGCCAAAAUAAUUUAGUCAUGUUUUAGUGGCCUGAUUUCGAAAUUUCGCCGGUUUAAAGGAAUGCGGUACAUGAAUAACAUGAUCAUAUUGUAACUUUUCUAUUUUUUAAGGAAGAUAUAUGCAAAAAAUAUGGCGUGUUUUUAUAAUUUAACGUUGAAACUAACCCUCAUUAAUGUAACACCGUUUUCAUCUUUUAUUAUUUUGAAAUUGGCCAAUGUUGCUGGAGUAUUUUUAGCAAGUAAUGAAAACGUGUAGAUCACUUGGAAAACGUCACUUCGCUAGAGCAAAUUCAUCUAGUGCAAAACCGACUGAAAUGCUGCACGAAUAUCGUCCGGUCCAUUAGUUCACUCAUAAAAGUGUUAAAUUCGACGAAUUUGUAUUCUCAACACUUCUAUUCUGACCAAGGUUCUGCAGAGUAGUGGGACUAGGUGGGUGAAAUAGCUCCUACAAUACAAAAACCAUGUACAUAUAAAUAUGUAUAUAUAAACUAUCAAAUAUUAUGAACAAUAAAAAUAUUAAAUAAAUAGUAGCCCCAUUCAGUUUACUCUGUAAAAAAACUAUUAAAUGUAAAAUGUAUGUAAAACUAUUCUGAUUUAACUCAGUUUCGUUGUGAUAUAUAUAGUGAAUGAAUAUGUGCUGGCAUUUCAAAAAAUUUUGUCAACACCACGUUGAAAAAAUUUCCCAUGACAUACAAUAGCAACUAAAAAGUUCCCAUUUGCACUAAUUAAUACAUUUCUAUUCUUAUAUUAAUUAUGUUAUUUGGCACUCCCACUGGUUUCGUAUAAUGAAAGGAUAUUAGUCCAUUAUCGCCAUGCAAACAUACAAAGAGCUUAUAUAUUUUCAUUGUACGUCAUGGGAAAUAUUUUCAAUUUGGUGUUGACAAAAAUUAAUGAAACCUAAAAAAAUUAUUUACCUAUUAAUCUGACGGUAAACAGUAAACUGAGUAGCGAGGAUUGUAAAUAUGGCAUAUUUUCAUAAUUUAACGUUGGAAUUCGCGCAUUAAUGUAACAGCGUUUUCAUUUUUUAUUAUUUUGAACAUGUCGAAUGUUGAUGGAGUAUUUUCAAGUAAGUAAUGAAAACGUGUAGAUCACUGUAGGAAAACGUCACUUCACUCGAGCAAAUUCGCCCAGUGGAAAACCGACUGAAAUGCUGCACGAAUAUCCUGCAUUAGUCAUGCUUUAAUUUAGAUGUAGUUCACUCAUAUAAAAGUGUUAAAUUCGUCCAAUUUGUAUUCUUAACACUUCUAUUCUGACAGAGGUUCUGCAGACUAGUGUGAGUAGGUGGGUGAAAUAUAGCUCCUAGAAAAAUCAUCAUACAAACUAAGAAAUAUUAUGAACAAUAAAAAUAUAUAGUACUAUUCAGUUUACUCUGCAUUCUUUCUCACCUAAUAUUCAUCCAAAUUUAACCACCAUUUAACGAGUUGUAUUUGUGUAUUUGCAUGGGCAAUGUCGAUUAGUCCCACAAAUUUUCGUAUCCAUACAGAUAGUUUUUGAGUUAUAGUGCUGGCAGACAAACACUAGUUUAAAAAUUGCUCAGUGUUUUGCAACAGGAUAAUAUACGUGCAGUUCCUAAAUAGACUACAGACUUAGAUUGAGGACGCGGACGUCAAAGACGACGUGAGGGCACAGCACGUCAUUUUCACGUCGUCUUUGACGUCCACGUCCUCGAUCUAAAUCUGUCUAUCAUCUAAAAUGCAACGCUACAUCUACACUACACAUGGUUAAAGCAUAAUGUCGAUUAUUUAUUUAAAAAAUUCCUGGUUUCUGAUUGGCUAACAACCAACUGUGAAAAUGUCAUAUCAACUCAAUGGCUAACCAAAUUCGGAUUUUUCACAUUCAUAAUAGCAAAAUGACGUCAAAGAGUCAAUAUGAAAAAAAUUUGGACGCGUUUGCGCCAUAUUACUAUGGCGACGAGAAUCAUAUUGACUCGCUGACGCCAUUGAUAUGACGUAAUGACGGCUGCCGAAGGACUAAGGAAUUGUUUUUUUCUUAAUACAAAUAAAAUAAAAUAAAAUAAAAUACAAAUGUUUGUUUUGAAUUUUUUAAAUAAAUAAUAAAACAAUUAUUGAAUUCGGUUUUCGCACAAUAUGAAGAAUUACCAAGCCCUCAGUUUGCCGUUAUCAACCUCAGCCUUCGGCUUCGAUUGAUAACGGCAAACUUCGGGCUUGAUAAUUCUUCAUAUCGUGCUCAACCGUUGAUUGGCUAAAAUAAACGUUUAAGCGUUGAUUGGCUAAAAUAAACGGCGCAAAAAACGUUUAAAUUUAAUGCUACAUGAUUGGAAAAGAUGCAGCACUCUUCAAUUUUUAAAACAAAGCAAGGAUGUCCUGCAUAACGAAGGGAUUAUAAAUAGUAUAUUGUAUUUCACUCCUAACUUGAUUAAUUGUUGGCAGACAGUUUUUCAAGUUCGCGCAUAUUUUGCACGCGCAGUAGAACCGUGACACUGCCCCGUUAAUGAAAUAUCCUUUCAUUUUACGAAACCAGUGGGAGGGCCAAAUAAUAUAACUAACAAGGACAGAAAUGUAUUAAUUAGUGCAAAUGGGAAAUUUUUGGUUGCUAUUGUACGUCAUGGGAAAUUUUUUCAACGUGGUGUUGACAAAGAUUUUUGAAAUGCCAGCACGUGACGUAUAGGCAUUCACUAUAUCAUAUCACAACGAAACUGAGUUGAAUCAGAAUAGAGCUGAGUUGAUUCAGAACAGAACAGAACAGAGUUGAUCAUUAGUGGAGUCUAAGAACUACAUCUUUGAAAAGCAAGUGAGUUAAAAGAAUUAUUUUAUAUAGUAUGAAAGUUUUUAUUGUGCACUGCAGUGUUAUGGUAUAAUAUGUAUAGUUACUGUGAGACUUUGAAAUUUCUAUUACUGUAUAUAUUUGAUAAGAAACAGAGGGACUGUUCGAUAAUAAUAGCCCACCCAGGAAAAUUUAACCGAAUAUAGCCAUAAUAUGGAACUGAAUACGAAAUAAUAUAAAACUCCGAGGAGGGACUUUAAAGUCAGUUUGGCGCCCCUUAACCUCGAUAGAACAUUUAGUUAAGUGAUGCAAAAUUAAUUUUUAGUAGUGGGGUCUGAUUACGAAUUUCUCACAACAAAUAUUAUCACUUCACAUUUGUACUGUUUAUCACUGCGCACUCUCACUUUAUGACUGCGCAAAUUGGUUAUCAGUGUACACUAAAAUUAGCUAUGGUUUUCCGCCCAUGCAUGCACCGCGAGUUUCGGACAACUCAACUACAAGUAUAUAUAUGCUGGACCUGACAAUGAUGGGGAACAUUCCACCCAAGCGUAAGAAAAUUAUUCAUGGCUAUCAUGAGCCUUGAACAAAUAUCAGUAAUUUCAAGUUUUUUUAGACAUGCUAGCCUGAUCAUCUUAGGGUUGGGUAUAUAACUGACGUUACACGUCUGAUCAUCAUAGUACACAACACUAAAUUUUUAGAAACCUAAUUUUUUUGGCUUAGGGAACUCUAUGUUUGCAACGGUAAUUCAACUUGAUCUACGAAUGAUUCAGUUGUCCAAGGACGAUCAAAAUUGCACGAAUGCGAUGGACAGGUGCGAUUUGGCGAGAAAACAUACCAUUACUUGUGCAGAAGUGCCAGAACACGUACUUGCAUUUAUAAUGAAACACAUCCGAAAAAUUUUACUCACUCAUUUGAAUGGCAUGCAUUCCUACUAAUAAUAAGUUUUUAACUGUCAGAAAUCAAAAACUAAAAUCAAAAUAUCCCUUGUUUUGACGCUUGCCACGUAUUUCAUUACUUAGGGUAGUAGUUCACUUUUUGGCACGUAUACUGUAUUUCGAUAAAAUUGACUACCUUUAGCCAAUCAGAAACGAGUAAUUUUCUCAUAUGUAUGUCAUUCGUCACAGACACAGUAUGACGCUUCUGAAAGCAUUAUAAUAGAUCCGUUAAUUUUCUUUCUUUGCACAGAAUGUCGCUGAGCCAGAGUAUCAAACUUUACAACGCAGACGGCAAUCACAAGCUGUUUCACUCAAGUGACGGUGAUUUGAUAAAAACGGACACAUACAUAAAGGCUGAAGUCCUUAGUGGGAAGUGGAUUUUGUACCGGACAGCAGACUACAACAAAAGUCUCCAAGAUGGUGCACGUCCGUACGAACACAUGGUUUUGCCAGCUGAUAUAAAAGUGGUUGAUAUAUCUGACGUCAACGGUUCUUUGUUCCAUGUACCAAGUGCUGAACAGGCGUUGAUGUUGUUUGAAUUCAAUUAUUACGGGGGAGGAAAUCGGGUUAGUGCAACAAGUGGAAACCCUGACUAUUAGUUUGAAAUUUAAUUUCAAUGCAUUUUGUCAUGUAUUUUUUGUCUCUCGAACAGGAAUACACUGAAGAACAGGGAGAUCUCAAAGACUUCCCAAAAGGGGCCAGGUCUGCUAUGGUGGGCAAGGACAACGAUUGGCAAGUGUACCCAAAGGCAGGCGAGCAGGGUACACCACAAAAAUUGACCAGGGGAACUGAUUACGCAACAACUGACGAGAUGAAGAUGCCGGCGGUAAACAGCAUUAAACCAUAUUAAUAGUUCACACUUUAGACGUUCUUUGGUUUUUAAAGAUUUAUUAAACGAGCUUUCGACUGCCAGUCUGCAGUCUUCAACGGGCAGGUGAUAAAGAAGACUGCAGACUGGCUGUACAUGUCGAAGGCUCGUUUAAUAAUUUUUUAAAAGCAGAGAACGUCCAAACUAUUAAUAUAUAUGAAUAAUCCUGGUUAUGCUUCUACCAUUUUUAAAAGCAUUAAACCACUUACCCACUGACAUCUUAGACAUCAAGGUGGCAAGUAUACAGCUCAACGAAGCUUCAGUAGAAAUACCUUGUAGCAUUUUUGGUUCAUUUGGACGUGUUUCGAAUUAAUUUACAAUGAGUCAGCCUUCUUUAUAGAUUGUAUAAUUUGUUUUGCAUGGAUCACACAAUCCUGCACGGAAAACCAUUCCCUUAAUAUUUAAUGGGUAUCCCUUAAUAUUUAAUGGUACCCUUAAUAUUUAAUGAGUAAUGAAGGCAUAUAUGGGUAGAUAUCUUUUCCUCUUAUGCCGGAAUAUAUUAAUGAACUUUUGCAAUAUAUGUGACCGGGACAUAACAGAUCCGUGAAAACUGUUAGAAUUUUCUCUUUUAUUUUGAACACCCCACAAGCUAUAAAAGUUAAUGUAAUAUAACUAAGUAAGAGUGGAAAAGUCAUAUUGAUUACAUAACUAAGAAAUUAUUAAAAAGUAUCUAUAAACAUUCUUUGUAAAGUUCGUCACUACCUAAAUAAACAUCUCAUAACUCUAAUCUCAUAACUCUAUAUCAUACUCUUGUUUACCCACAUUUAUAUUACGCCGAUAUACUGUGGGCUAGCAACUAUAAAACAAGAUUAAAGUCAGACGUAUCAACGAUACAGAAAAAGAUUCUGAAAAUAAUCAUCAUUUUUGCCUUAUACUUUCUCAUCUUCAACCCUAAAAUACU